AAUUUUUUAAACAUUUGUGCACUUUUGUCUAAUUUCCAAAUUGAAGUACAGAACUCGCCGGGUCCAUAUAACUCAGCAGUCAGCAAGGCUGCGCAUACUUCGUUACUUCCCGCUCGACUCCUGUUCUAACACACCGGAAUCCUACCAGCUCGCGAGUUGAAAGUGUAAUGCUUUUCUAAUAUUAUGCGGUGAAAGAGGAAGCAAAUAUUGCAAUUUCUCAAAUUCUAGGGUUUCUGUGCACAUUAUCAACUAAUUUAUGGUAAUUCAUUGAAGCUUAAGAAUGGCUGAUCGAGAUAAGAAGAAGGCUUUAUUUCGUGCUAAAUUGAACGAAAAACAACAGAAAAACCGCAUUGAUUCGCCCCUUGUGAGGUAUAAUGAAGUUGGUAAGCCUGUUUGUCGAGUUUGUGAUGCUGUCUUAAAAUCUGAUUCUGAUUGGAUAACACACCAAGCCUCUCGGAAGCAUCAUGAGGCAAUUAACAACCUUAAAGCAAGUGCUUCAAGAAAAAAUGCGGUUAACAAUGCAAAAUCUGAGACCAUUAAAGAGUCUCCGAAACAACAAGGGGACGAUUCUCUAAAGGUCAAGGAUGAUAAACCAAGAUUGUCUUCUGAUGUACAGAAGUCCCGGCCAUCCUCUGGGCUUCCUGCUGGUUUCUUCGACCAGGGAGACAACAAGAGACAAAAAGUUGUGCCUGCUCGAGUACAGGAGGUUGAUACCAGUGUGGGUACAGUCCCAGCUAAGCCUGCAAAAUCUAGUAAACAUGAAGUUCAGCCUGCAAGGAUUGCAGAGGAUGUAGUUGCUGCUUCUGAAAGUAAGCAAAUUGGAGAGUUGCCUGAAGGUUUCUUCGAUAACAAAGAUGCUGAUCUACGUGCACGUGGUAUCGAACCUGUCAAGCCAGAUGUCAAAGACGAGUACAAAGAAUUUGAAAAAUUGAUCCAACAGGACCUGGCAGAGGUAGACAACCGCUUUGAAGAAGAAGAGAUUGAUGCAGCUGAGCAGAUAGAGGAGGAAGAAAUCAUAGAGCAAAGGACCUACAGGAAUAGAGUGGAGGAGCUAAAAAGAAAGAAAAUGGAACUUCUAGCUGCUAGAUCAUCCGGAGCUGGUAAAGUGUCUGAAGUUCCUGGAUCGAAAGCCAAGCAAGAUGGAACACCUGGAUCGAAGGCCGAGCAAGACGGAUCAUCAAGUGAAGAUGAAGACGAAGAUGAAGAUGAUGAGAGCUUUGCAGUUGAUUGGAGAGCACAGCAUUUGUGAAAAGCUGAAGGUUGAAGUGCUAUCUAAACCAGAUGUUAGUCACAUUUCCAGCUUUGAUGAAGUACGCCAAUUUACCGUGGAUAUCUACACUGACAAUGAUGCUGGAACUGAGAGGCACGAACAAUUUUGUGUACUGCACCAACAUGUACAUUCUUUGAUAUAUGAGAGCAAAUCCCAUGUAUUUUAACCAAGGAAAACCAGACAAUAUUAUCCUCUUUGAGGGAUUGAGUUGAGCAUAUAUAUUCCAUUGAUACAGUUUUCAUGCCGCUUUAAGACUGUAAUUGCAUCCUUUUGCUUCUUCUUCUUGAUUUCA